AGAAAGAGGGAGGAGGACAGCACAAAUCAACCUGCCUCUUUGACUUCAACAACAGAAUAGAAGAGCUUGUGGACAGCAGAGAUCGGGAAGUGUGUUGUGUUGUUUUAUUUUAUUUUUGGAUAGAGGAAGAGGACAUCGGCGGGGAGGAACUGCAGGAGGAGGAGAAAGAGCCUCACCGUGGAGAUAGAUAGCAGAAAAAUGCUGUCAUGGGGAGAGAAGGGGAGGGAGUCGGCAGAGAGGAACAGGAUGAAACAAGGCAGGGUCGAGCAGAACUGAAAUGUGGAGGUGGCCAGUGGAUAAAGGCUGCAGGCACUGAGGAGUGCAAACCAAUGGAUGCCAUGUUAGACGGGUUGAAAGAAACAGAGCCUCUCCUCCUCAGAGGGCACAGGGUUGGGUUCCAGUGAUGAUCCUCUCAUCCUCACAUCAAUGGAAGGAACAGCCUACUACUGGACUUAAACGCACAUCUGCACACCUGGAUGGACCCCUGCCGCAAGCAAAAGCUGCGUUUUCACCUCCGUCUACAUCAUCCACACUCAAGAACGUACUGACAAGGUGUGGCAUCUCACACAGGCACCAAUGAGAGCCCAAGGGUUGAGAGAGUUCAGCCUUCAUAAGUGGUGUGAAUGAGGACUACAUCUGUUGUUUUCACUUAGCUGGAGUUUUCAUCUUCAUGCACAGCAUCUCCGUUUCAUACAAGCACCACAGAGACCAGAAUCAAAAGUUAACUGGGACAGCAGGAAACUCUGGGGAGAAGACAGGAUUCGCUUUCUCGAGCAUCAUGCAGUCAGAUGACCUAUUCAUCCGCAAGUUUCGCCGCCAGAACGUGCGGCCACCUAUUGCUACAGUCAACUUUGACCCCAAACGGGAGGCGGGCGUAGUGGAGUGGCCUCCGAGAAGGGACGGUGAUGGAGCUGAUGUAGACAGCCUAACUCCGAGCCGUGUGGGGUUGACCCUGCGGUCGGUGGGGCGGAGCCAUAUCAUGCAGAGGAGCAACAGCGAUGUAACCUUGGGAGACUUGGAUUCCUCUGGGGCAGGGGGAAAGGCUGUCCGAGCAGUUGGUGACAAGGCAGGAGCAGGGGCUCAGGGGGACUCAGGCAUGCUGCUACGCAGAGAAUAUGGCAGCCUGUCAUCACUGGAGAGACAGACUCAAAUUCAGGAGGUGAGAGCAGAAGAUCAGGGGCCCCUGAGUCCAAACGCCCUCCGUUUCAAAGACCCUUUCUUGCUUUUAGGACUGCAGUGCAACCCUCCAGAGCCUGAUGGGUUCUUCCGAGGUAUCACUGCUCUCACAGGGGACUCUCCUAAACCUGCAAAGCCGCCUAAGCCCGAGGGUCUGAAUAAAAAGUCCAAAUCUACACCACCUCAAAUCCCUCAACCUGGUCCGUAUGACAACCUUGGGGGUGGAGCAUGGGUAAGGAACUUUGCCCACUAUGAUGUUCAGAGCAUCUUGUUUGACCUCACCGAGGCAGCCACAAACAGAGACAGCAUUGGACGCAAAAAGAAUAUCACCUCAGGGGCCUCAGCUGCCUCUCAGCUGCGCCCCCUCACUCAGUCCACCCCAUCCUCACCUGCGCAGGGUGGAGGAAGCAAUGGGGGGAAUGCAGAUGACCCUGAACAGUCACUGCUGCUAGAUGAAGGUGACGGAAAUGAUAACGAGCUUCUCCUCAGCUGUCCUCAUUUCCGCAAUGAGACAGGAGGAGAGGAGCAAGUGGGUUUGGGUCGGUCCCCAGGAAGGCGGGGACUUUGGUCAAGCUUGCGAACUCCUAACGAUGCAGUUUCAGUCCUUGAAGAGCCCAGAGAGAGUCACGUCCAACUGCAGGGAAAGAGCAACUACUUUAUAGAGCACGCUGAUCUGGGAGCCCAUUACUAUCGCAAAUAUUUCUAUAUGAAAGAGCAUCAGAAUUUCUUUGGAAUGGACGAUCGCCUCGGUCCAGUGGCCAUCAGCUUCCGACGAGAGGAGAAAGAAGGAUCCAGCGGAGCUCAGUAUAAUUACAGAAUCAUCUUUCGCACCACAGAGAUGAAAACACUGCGAGGUUCCAUCUUAGAGGAGUCAGUGCCGUCUGCUGCUCGUCACACGACUCCUAGAGGCUUGUCUCCCAAGAGGCUGCUGGAGUUCAUCAUGCCCGAACUCAACCUGCACUGCCUUCGCUUGGCCUCAAACUCUCCAAAGGUCCGGGACACGCUGCUCAAACUGGACGAACAGGGGCUGAAUUUUCAGAGAAAGGUCGGUGUGAUGUACUGCCGGGCUGGGCAAAGCUCAGAGGAAGACAUGUACAACAACGAGAGCUCCGGACCGGCCUUUGAAGAGUUUCUGGAUCUGCUCGGAGAGCGGGUGCGGCUGAAGGGCUGGGAAAAAUACCGAGCUCAGCUGGAUAACAAGACGGACUCCACUGGAACGCAUUCCCUCUACACGCGCUAUCAGGACUAUGAGAUUAUGUUUCAUGUGUCCACUAUGCUCCCCUACACAGCCAACAACACACAGCAGUUGCUGAGAAAGCGACACAUCGGUAAUGACAUUGUGACGAUCGUUUUCCAAGAGCCAGGCGCCCUGCCUUUCACUCCAAAGUCCAUCCGCUCCCAUUUCCAACAUGUCUUCAUCAUAGUUCAGGUUCAUGAGCCCUGCACGGAAAACACCUAUUACAGAGUGGCUGUGACACGCUCCAAAGACAUCCCAUUAUUUGGCCCUCUAUUCCCUAAGGGUGCACGAUUCCCUCGCUCACCUGCCUUCAGAGACUUUCUCCUGGCAAAGGCGGUGAAUGCUGAAAAUGCUGCAGAGAAGUCUGAGAAGUUUCGCUCCAUGGCCACCCGUACGAGGCAGGAAUACCUGAAAGACUUGGCAGAGAACUACGUGACCACCACUCCCAUCGAUUCCUCCACCAAGUUCCCCCUGCUCUCUCUUGGCGGCAAGCGCAAAGACAAGCUGAAGGGCGCUAAAGGAGCCGAGCUGCACAGUGCCGGAGCGCUUGUGUGGGCAGUAAUGGUCAACAGCAGAGACGAAUGGGAGGUGGGGGAGCACAAGCUCCCCUGUCUGCUUGGCGUGUCGGCUGAGUCAGUGGUGCUCAUCGAGAGGUGCACGCGCAGGGUGGUGUUUAACUGCUCCUGUCGGGAUGUCAUUGGCUGGAAGGCUGUGACAGAGCCUAAGGAGGGGGGCCCAUGCUUGGAUAUCUUCUAUGAACGUGGGGAGUCUGUGUCAAUCAGUGUGUUGGAGAGUCAGACAGAGGACAUAAGAGAGGUGGUGCAAAGGCUUGAGCUGGUUACACGGGGCUGUGAGGCCCUGGAGGUCACCCCCCUGCGGGACGGAGUGGGGCAGCCUGGCUUUCUGAUGAAUGAAGAGGGCUUCGUGACAGAUCUGCAGAGGUUCUGCUACGCUGAGAGCGGGGGUCUACAACUUUGGGCUCGUGUGGUGCGGCUGUGUGGACACUCCCUUGUUCACCUGAGCCCUGAAGAGAGGACCAGGCUGCUCCGCACGGCACACAAGAUCCACAUCACAGUUAUCCCACCAGAUGAAAAUGGCAAGCCUCGCAGGAGUUUCUCUGAGCUGUACCAAAAAGCAAUCAAGGAUGCAGAAUGCAAGCCCGGCGAGGAUCGGUCAGGAGAGGCCUGGGUGCUAGAUGAGAGGGAAGAAGAGGAGGAAGAAGAGGAGCAGCAGGCGAAUGAGGACGAGCUGAAGACGGGUGGGGUCAGCGAGGUGGACACAAUAGAGGUGCAGACAACGACAGAAGGGGGAGAAGAGCAGCCGUGCCAUGAAGGGCAAACUGAGGCAGAUCACGGCUCGCUCCUCAUGCCGCCCAGUUUACCUUUGUUGAGGGCCACUUCUCUGCAGGACCAGCCAGCCAAUCAGAACCAGGAGGACAGUGCCUCGCAACUUUCUCGCAGCCUCUCUUUGGAGAAACAGCUGACUUACACAGACGCAUGUGAUGGGCACGUGUACGACAAUGUGCGGGUGAAGGGAGAACGCCACAUCUACGAGAACGCCGGAGAGCUGAGGGACGCCACACCUGAUCUGAUCCUUGCUGUCAAACCCAAGGUUCCCCUUGAGGAGGAGCAGUUCAUGGGUGCUGAGUUUGGCGACGACAAAGCAUCAGCGAGCGACUCCUCGCUGUCAUCUUCCCGGCUGUCCUGUGUAGACAGAGCUGAAAGAAACUCACGAGCCCUGAGUCUUCAUAACUCCAUCACCAAAAUUCUCUCAGAGACCACAGAUUCGACGGAGGAGGAGUGGCAGUCCAUUGCUGACCUGGCAACAGCCUGCCGCAGCAUCCUGGAGGCUUUAUCAAAAGAAGAUCGCAAAGCCGGAGACUCCUCUCAAGCAGGAGCCGAUCUGACCGACGGCAAGUUGAAAGACUUAAAGGAGAGUGAUUCUCCGGGGCACCUAGAAGAGAAGGUAUCACAACUGGAGGCCAUGCUGAAGAAGCUGCAGGAUGACCUGCAAAAGGAGAAAGAGGACAAGGCGGUGCUGCAGGCCGAGGUGCAGAGCCUCAGGCAGAACAACCAGCGGCUGCAGGAGGAGUCGCAGAGCACAGUGGCCCGCCUCAUCAAAGUCACAGAGCUGCUGUGCAACGUCAACAAGCCUUGUUAGCUUCACUGCUACACAUACAAAAAGAAAUCAGCAGAUUGAUGCAAAUCCUACAAAGCGCUCCUACGCUCACGAUGGUGUUUUUGUUUUUGUUCAAGUAUAGCUGCAAAAGUAAAGUUUCAGCGUGGACCUGCAUGCUGGGGAGGAAGUAUGCAAAUCAAGUCCUAAAGAAAAAAAAAAAAAAAAAAAAAAAAGACAUGAUCAAUAUGAUGACAUUCACAAACUGACCAGCACAGACUGCUGCAUCGGUGCAUUGUGCCAGAGUGCUUCUUUAAGUGUGUAUGUACGUGAAUUUGUGUGUAUGUGUGUGUUCCUUGCUUCAAAUACUUGAUAAGUUCGGCAGUUACAUAAGAGGACACUGUAUAGCAUGUUUGGUGGUGUCUUAUCCAAAAUGGCCAAAAGUGUGUGUGUAUAUAUAAAUAUAUAUAUAUAUACACACACACACAUAUACAUAUGUGUCACCAAUAAUAUAUGUGAACAGUAGUAUCACUAUCCUCUCUGCCAGACAUGUAAGUACAGUGACUGAGUGUGGUUCUGCCUGGCCUGAUAGUGAGAAAGGCCUGGAUAGGAAAAGAAAAAAAAAAAGAUUGUGACAAUAAUACGCCUGUAGGCAGCUUCUACUUCAUAAGAUGUAACGAUGCUAACUGACUCAUCUCAGAGUGAGAUCUAUUACACAAGGACAUCAUUCCCUGAUAUUCUGUUUUUAUGGAGAUAUAAUAAAGAAAAUCUAAUGAAAAGGGUAGACACUGGAAAUAAAAACUUAAAAGAGAAGAAAAUGGAACUGCUUCUUCCUGGAAGUACGUAUGAAAAGCAGUAAAAAACAGCUGCUGAAAAGGGUUAUACCUCUCUUGAAGACACAGACUCUGGCAGGAAAGAACUCUUUCUACUUUCUUCCAUAUUGCCUGUAGCUGUUAUCUUCUAACCUCACUAUUGUAGCAGCCAUACUGUAGAAGAUCUCCACCUGCUGGCCUGAACCACAAAAUGCCAAAAGGCAGCUUUUUUUUCUUUCUUUUUUUUUCUUUUUUCUUUAAGCUGGAAAAAUAGCUUUAGGUGUGUGGGGAAAAACACCUUCAACUAAAAGUGAAAUACAAAAUAUUGUAUUAAAUAAUUUUUUGUGCUCAGCAGAUGUCUACAGUAAUUAAUUGAGGUUAUUUCUUGCAAUGGCUUACGAGUGGUAGCAGUAGAUGAAAUCUUACCAUUCCACCCUGGUGUGUGUUAGUGUGCAUUUCUGUGACUCACGUUUUUCUUUUUUUUUUCUUUUUUUGUAAACUUAACAUUGGGCAUGGCACAUAUUGUACUUCAGUUAGCCUGCCCAGGUUUUGUCUUGCUCAACAUAAGAAGGUGGAUAAUUUCUCACCCCUUCCAGCCUCCCUUUUACCCCGACACCACCUUACCUCACCUCUCUGUGUCCACUACUGACAGCACCAGAGACAGAGCAUGCUCAUAGGAGUCGGACUGCUUUUCCUCAGUGCCAAUGUAAAAAAAAAAAAAAAAAAAAAAACCUGGGCAGCUCUCCUGAAUCUCCAACUGAAAUCAAACACAGCUGACCACAAACUAACCACCAACAACAAACUGAACUCAUACGAAAAGAGAUGCCAAACAUCACCCAGACUCUGUUGUUUCUUGUACAAACGUCCUCAUGUAACUUUCUUUUAGACUCACUGUGAAUACCUAGUACCAGCAUAUUAAGAUACGGUAUAUACAGAUUAAAUUAUUAAUCUAGACUUUAUCAGUUUGUGAAGAUACUGUAUGUACAGCUGCACUGUUCCAUGUUAAUGUGUUAAUCAUGAGCCCCUGGUUUCAUCUGCACAUCCUGAAGGCCUCAUGAUUUAAACAGGGGGAGACGCUGGAUGUGAGAAGACCUGUUUUACUGUGUCGUGUAUAUUUAUUUAGAUUGUAGGAGGUUGGUGAAGCGCGAGAAUCCACUGAGCAACUUCCAAGCUCCCCUCUGUCUGUGUGUAUGUAUAAAGAUGUAACUUAUUACUCAUGCAAAUGUGGACUUUCUUGUAGCUGUUUAAACUGGAAGGAAAAUGUAAAGAUGACAAUGUGAAAUAGGGCAGGAAGGAAAUGUGGGCUUGGUUAUAAAUUUGGAUUUAUUUUGUAGACAACCAAUGACCAUGAUAUAACACAAAACUGAUACCUGAAACAUAAUGUAACUGUAGGUCGUAUUCUAGCAUAUUUGAUAACGUCUUAAAACACCAUGAGGUAUGCCUUAAUGAGCGAAUCUCCUCUUUCAGAAUGGAUGGUCAUACAGGUGUUAUGAAGACUUAUUUUUCUGACUUUGUGCCUACCUGAAAAUGCAAUGUUUGUCAACCCAGCUUAGUGAUUUCUUUUCUUCACCUUUGGUUGCACUUACUGAGUUUAAUUAUUAUUAUUGUUAUUAUUUUGUGGCAGUUGAAGGAUUUUCUAAGAGACCAUCACAACAUCUGGUCUUUUAUCAGUUGUGUGAGGAGAGAAAAAAAGGUCUGGGGCCACGUAAUGUGAAGAUCAGAUAAUAAUAGAUGUGUUGUUAAUCUCAAGCAUCACUGAAGGUUCAAGGCUCCUUGAGUACCACAGAUUGUCAAAAGAACCAACAAAUAUACCAUUUCUAAAAGUGAAUUAAAAGGAAACGGUGCUUAAA